AUGGCGCCGAUGAAAGUUCUCAUAGUGGGUGGUGGCAUCGCUGGCCCAGCGCUUGCCCACUGGCUGUCACGCAUUGGAGCCAAUAUUACCCUUAUUGAGCGCUCACCAGAGAAACGAGCGUCUGGACAACAGUUGGAUUUACGUGCCCAAGGUAUUCCAGUAAUGAAAAAGAUGGGUAUAGAAGCGGCUAUACGCGCAGCCUCUGUCCCUGAAAAAGGCAUGCAAGUUGUCGACAAUGAAGGCCGGGUUAAAUUCCAGUUUCCAGUCGGCAAGCCCGGCUCCGGGAAACAGUUCUUUACCUCCGAGUUUGAAAUAAUGCGUCGCGACUUCGUUCAGAUCCUCUACGGGCUGACCGAGAACCAGCCAAACGUACAGCAUCUCUACAACACGACCGUGACAGAUUUUACACAAGACGACGAAUCUGAUCCCAAUGGCAAAGUGCACGUCACUUUUGGCGAUGGGCGCAAGGAGGAUUUUGACCUGGUGGUCGCUGCCGAUGGGACUGGUUCUAGGACACGCAAGAUUAUGCUGGGACCCGAUGCACCAGACCCUCGCCAUCGCCUGGGAGGCAACAUUGCCUUCUUUAGCAUCCCAUCAGACCCCAGUGACUCGGACUGGUUUACGGGCACCUUUUUGCCAGGCUCAACUACCCGGGCCAUUGGAACGAGAAAGGAUUGUCCAGAACUGACUCGUGUAUACAUGAUCUCGCGCGGCAAUGUCAAGGAGCUCGACGAGGCCCACAAGUCCGGGGACCUGGCGGCGCUCAAGAAAGCCUGGGCUGAUUUAUAUGAAGACGGUGGAUGGCAGUGCGCCCGAUUCACCAAUGCCCUGCGGAACGCACCCGAGGCAGACGACCUCUACUCGACGCCGCAAGAGGAAAUCAGGCUUCCCGAGGGGUCGUGGUCCAAGGGAAGAGUCGUCCUACUGGGAGAUGCUGCACACAGCCAGACUGCCAAUGGCUUCGGUACGACGUGGGGUAUAGUCGCGGCCUAUGUGCUCGCCGGCGAGAUUGCAUCGCUGCUGGCGACAAACAGCAGCUCGCCUCCGACAGCCGCCGUGGUACAAGGGGCCAAGAAUUACGAAAAGCUGUUUCGCCCCGUGUCGACGGCAGGGCACAACAAGAGCCAAUGGCCGGAGAAUUUCCUCAUGCCAAAGUCACGUUUCAUGAUCUCCAUUAUGUUUUUCAUUGGCCAAGUAAUAUCAUAUUUCGGGUUGCACCAAAUGCUUGACCUGGAAGGCGAACAGGGAAAGUGGCAGCUGCCAGAAUAUCCCGCGUUGGACAAGGGCCAUUUGUGGUGA